AUGGCUUCCGCUGCGGCUAGUGCAUUCACCUACACACCUCUCGACCCCGGAUAUAUACGUCUUCUCCGUGUCCUUCCAGAGAGCACAACGGACGACAUACGUUGCCAGCUGAUACGCCAUAAGAUCGAGUCAGGCGUGAGGCAGAACUUUGGAGCCGUUUCGUACUGUUGGCAUGAUCCAACUCCGGUGGCCUCCAUCACCAUUGAUGGACAGCCAUUUGGGGUAGCUCAAAAUCUCCUUGACUUCCUCCAGAAUCGCUUUGUCAAGCCAGUCCCGUUUGGCAUGUAUAACGCAGGGGCCUUCUGGACAUGGGAUCUCUGGAUCGACGCUAUAUGCAUCAACCAGGCGGACCUUGAAGAGAAGACCGAGCAACUCAAUAGCAUGCAUCAUAUCUACUGUACCGCAAAAGGCGUCAUUGCCUGGUUGGGCAAAGAGGAGCCCUUCACAAAGGCGGCAUUCCUAGCCCUACACAUGCGGUGGGCCAUGAAUAAUGGAUUUUUGACCCCGGAUCAAACCCUGGACCUUGAGCAGAAGGCUGCAGCUUUGGGCAGAGACGACGUGGUCGCGCUUUCAAGAAAUCCGUAUUUCUCGCGCACGUGGAUCGUUCCAGAAGUCAUCUGCUCUGAUACCCGUCUGAUGCUGCACAGCGGCCGCUUCGUCGUCCCCUUUUCAAGUCUGCGCGCGUUCAGUGCUUUGGACAAGGGUACAAUCGCUACACAGGGCGCGCCUGACGCCCUGGUGAAAGACGGAUUGAGUAUCGCGGUAGAGAGUCUCCUAUACACGAAAGACCGAAACAAACGAGCCAUGGCGUCCGCCCCGGGUGGCAACAGGCAGACCGGAGACCCACUUCAUACAUUUGUGACCACUGUCUUGGACCACAAGAGCAAACAAUGCUCGGACCCUCGAGACAAGAUCUUUGCGUUCCGCGGUCUGCCGACUGCCCAGGCGCUCGACGAACAGUACGCCCCACGAUUCGAGGCGGACUAUACCAUGUCUUUCGAUGAAGUCGCUGUCGCUACCCUGUCGUAUAUCGAUAGGCUGUCAGGCGUCGACGAGAGCGAGCUUGCAGGCGCAGUGGUACCGGAAUUUGUCGUGAUGAGUCUCUUUGGCGUCGAUCUGGCCUCUGACGGGUUCCGCGCCUGGUUGCGUGGCAAAGUUGUGCAUGAUGCUACAGAGGGCACCCUGAAGAUGUUGACGGGCUCUGGGAAGAGCGUGGAUUGCACCACGCCGAUCAUCAACUCGCUCCUGAACGGCGAGGUCUCUGAGAUCGUGACAAUGUUGACAGGUCGCACUUCCAAUCCCAGUAAUCGGGAAGGCCGGCUCUAUGUUGAGGAAAAGCCCCGCGAUCCGAACAGAUACACCUCUUUCCCGAACAUCCUGAUCGCUGGUACCGAGUUCAGGUCGCGGCUCCACCACAUUGAGGAGGACGUCAAGGGUCCACAUCCGAGUCAAGAGAAGGCAUAUACCACCGAGUCGUCUCCAAGUGCGGCAGCAUCCAAGCAUAGCUCUACCGAUGAGGAGGCCUCUCGUGUUAUCUCACAGCAGAAGCAGAAACGCAACAAGCUCAUCACAAAACUGAGCACAAUUUUCAAGAGACAUCGAGAAUCGAAUCCCUGA